AUGUUUGAAACAAUCUUGUUUGCAACAUUAUCAAAGAAGGCAUGGGAUAGCCUCUACAAAGCUUACCGUGGAGAAGAAAAGUUUCAUAGUUGCUUGAUUAAUCACGAUGAAUUCAUAAAUGAGAUUAAAGCAUUGACAAGAAUACGACACAGAAACAUCAUUAAGCUACUUGGCUACUGUUCACAUUCUCAAAACUCGUUUCUGGUUUACGAGUAUCUACAAGGGGGUAGUCUUGCUGAUGUUUUACAGGAUAAAAAUGCUCAACUUUUGGAUUGGACAAUGAGGGUGAACAUUAUCAAAGGUGUUGCAUACGCCUUAUCAUAUAUGCAUCAUGAUUGUUCACCCGCUAUCAUUCAUCGUGACAUAUCAAGCAAAAACAUUUUGCUUGACUCUGAGUACGAAGCUUGUGUUUCGGAUUUUGGUACCUCCAAAAUUCUGAACCCAGAUUCAUCGAAUUGGACUAACAUUGCAGGAACAUUUGGAUACCUUGCACCAGUUUUUCAUUACACAAUGAAGGUAACAGAAAAGUGUGAUGUAUAUAGUUUCGGGGUUCUGGUGAUGGAAAUCCUCAAAGGACAGCAUCCAGGUGAUAUCAUUACUUCUCUAGCAUCUACAACAACUGAAGCAGUCAAGCUCACAGAUUUGGUGGAUCAUCGACUUCUCGUUCCACUCCCUGAAGUCAAAGAAGUUAUAACGUCAAUAUUGAUUCUAGCCAUUAAAUGUGUGAAUUCAAACCCUGAAGUAAGGCCUACAAUGCUGGAAGUUUCUCAAAAAAUUGCAUGUGUUAUUUCCAACAAGUAUAAGGGCGCUGAUGUGUAG